AUGACGCCGCCCUCAGACUCUUUGCGACAUCACCUACAUAAGCUCGCUGAAGCUCGAGCAAAUCGCAAUGCUUCUUCUAUAUCUACCUCUACGCCUGCCUCUACCUCCACCCCAGGCUCAGCUCCCCCUCCAUACACAUUAUCUGUCACGAGACCCAGUGGCACGACUAUCAUGAGUAUCGACCAGCAAGACGUGGAUGAUCCGUGGGCCUCCCCGAUCAAUAUUUACAUCGACAACUCGAUCACCGUGACUGGUGAUGAAAACACCAUCACGGUCUCGUCUUCUGGAUCUGACUCUCCCACUGAUCCAACCCCUCAGGCAGGCCAGACAUCCCCUCGCCUGGCCUCCGUCGCGUCUGUUAUCAUCGCUUCACUGAGCCGUGCAAAUGCCCUCAACGAUGAUAUGGGCUAUCCUCGGCCCAUCAACAUUCGCGCUCUCGCAGGCAUUCGGGUGAAUGGCAGAAACAACAACAUUUGCGUCGGGGGUGAGGCCCAAAAGUUUCGGAGUGAGACUGCUGAUGCUGCAACUGGAGCAAGCAAUGGACGCAAGCGCCGCGCCAGUUCGGUUCGUAUUCUACUUCGUAAAAAGAUAUUCAAGAAGCUCGAUUACUGA